AUGCUGAGAAUGCCGGAGACAGAGAUGAGUUGGAGGUGCAAAAUGCCGACGACGGGGAUUAGCUGUUGCGAGCCUAGCAUUAUAGGUGUCUGGUGUAAGAAUGAUAUGAAAAUGACAUUACAUGCUAGUAAGUUGUACUGUUUUUGCAAAUUAAAGAGUGUCAUCAACACGGCACAAAAGCUCGAUGAAAUGAUGCUCAAAACAACAACGACAGCUCUAUUUCACCCCACCACCAAGCUGUACUAUUUACCCCUCAAGGCUUUCGUCUCACACUCGCUUCACAAACCCCAGCGGUUAAUAAAUCGACAAAGCUACCCUCAAGCUGAUAGAACAAUCUUAUCCAUCAACACACCUCGUUCUCUAUCAUCUACAACAGUUCCCCAAAUUUCUAACGACACGACUUCUGAUUUGGACAGCAGUUACUUAUCUUGCUCAAUGACCAAUAGCAAGCACCCUCUCAAAAUUACGGUUCUUCUCGGUGGUGGCGUUGAUAGCAGUGUCACACUUCGCCUCCUCCACGCAGAAGAUUUCCAGAACUUUUGGUCUGAAUGUCCAUGGGAAGAGGAUUUGAAGUACGCAAAAGCUGUUUGCAAUCAGGUUGAUGUAGCACUGGAAGUUGUACAUAUGACAAAUGAAUAUUGGGACAAAGUGGUUUCUUACAUUAUUGAUGAGUAUAAAUGUGGGUGUACACCUAACCAUGAUGUUCUUUGCAAUACAAGAAUCAAAUUUGGUGCGUUCAUGGAUGCCAUCAGUAACAUGGAUUUUGAGUUUGUUGCUUCUGGAUAUGUGAAUUUGUUGGAAGACAUAUUGGUGAAAAAGAAGGUUCGGCAAGGCCUGCUUUUCUAUGAUUGCAGUUUGCAUAUAGAAGAAAAAGAUGGUUUUGGCACUGUCCAAUUACCUGAAGAUGAUCAGGGUCUCGCAGCCAGCCAAUUUGUAGCUUUUUAUCAACAAGAGCUUUGUGUGGGGUCAGGGGUAAUUUUGGAAUCAUGGGAUGAUGCUAAGGGGUUUCCUGUUUCUGUUUCUAACAAGGCUCGUCAUAUUGCAAAAAUGGAAGAUAAAUCUAAGCUUGGUAAACCCAUCAUGAUCAAACAAAAAACUCAAGAUUGUUUGACAGAUUCGAUAUGCUAAGGGGU